UUUAGUCACUGUUGUACUUGCUCUUGCUGGCUGCAGAGAGAGUCACGUCGUUUUAUUUCCUGGGAAUCACCAAAGUUGCAGUCAGGAGAGAAGGGCACAGAGAGAGAAGAUUAUGACUCCAGAUAAAACUGGAAAUAUUUCUUUAUCGAUGCACUUUCUGGAUUGCUUUCAAUUCUAAGAAAAGAAACAGCACAUCUUGGCAUCUGGAACUGCUAAGUAAAAACAGCUGAUACGUUAUGGAAAGAGUCUUUGCGUUACUGGCUCUAAGGCAUAGAAAAAUCAGAUAAGAAGAACCCCAGAGAUCUCAGCAGUUAUGGCCUCACUGACUCCUGACUGGGAGAUCCACGAUGAAACCAAGUGUCCCAUCUGCCUGGAGUACUUCACAGACCCAGUGAGUGUUGAGUGUGGACACAACUUCUGCCGGAGCUGCAUCUCUCAGUGCUGUGAGCAACUUCACCGCAUGGAGUGUCCCAUCUGCAGAGGCCAGAUCCAGAAAAAACACUUCCGGCCCAACUGGGACCUGGCAAAUAUAGUAGGAAAAGUUAGACAGUGGGACUCCAGCCUGAGCAGUGUCAAAGAAGCAGAGGUGAACCUAUGUGUGAAACACAAGAAAAGCCUGGAUCUGUUCUGUGAGGAGGACAGGGAAGCCGUGUGCGUGGUGUGUGAGAGAUCUCCGGAGCACAGCUCUCACACCGUGCUGCUGCUGGACGAGGCUGCCCAGAAAUGCAAGGAACAAAUUCAGACCCACCUGCAGACUCUGAAGGGAGAGCGAGAGAAGCUCAAAGAGUUUCAAGUGCGUGCCUUUGUGCAGGUGUAA